GUCUUCAGCAUAUUUCAGAGGUUACCGAUGUCAUCAGGCGCACACAAGAACAAGAAAACCUGCGAAAACUGAACACAUUUUUGUUGUUUACUCUAUUGGUUUGAAAAAAAUCACUCCACAAUGGAUGAAGAUUACGAUGCAAUUAUUCUAGGAACUGGAUUGAAGGAAUGUGUACUGAGUGGCAUGCUGUCUGUAGCCGGCAAAAAGGUACUGCACAUGGACAGACAGAAAUACUACGGAGGAGCUGGAGCAUCUUUGACACCCCUGUCUGAUCUGUUCAAAAAGUUUAACAAACCAGAACCAUCAGAUGAUAAAUUUGGAAAAGGAAGGGACUGGAAUGUGGAUAUGAUCCCAAAGCUGCUGAUGUCUUCAGGUCAACUAGUAAAGUUGUUAAUUCAUUCUGGAGUCACCCGUUACCUGGAAUUCAAGUCAGUAGAAGGCAGUUAUGUGUUCAAGAAAGGGGGCAAUAUCCACAAGAUUCCUGCCUCUGAAAAGGAAGCAUUGGCAUCAUCACUGAUGGGAAUCUUUGAAAAGCGCCGCUUCGCCAAAUUUGUGACGUUUGUGAACAAUUUUGAUGAGGAGGACCCUAAGACCUUCAGUGGACUUGAUCCCAAAACAACUAUCAUGGCUGAGGUGUUUCAUAAGUUUGGAUUGGAUCACAACACAGCAGAUUUUGUUGGACAUGCAAUGGCUCUCUACAUAAAUGAUGAUUACCAAAAUGAGAACUUCGUACCGACUGUAAAGAGAAUUGCUCUGUAUUGCGAUUCCCUAUCUAGAUAUGGUAAAUCUCCAUACAUCUACCCUUUGUAUGGUUUAGGAGAACUUCCUCAAGGAUUUGCCAGACUUUCAGCCAUCUACGGAGGUACAUACAUGCUUGACAAACCAAUUGAGGAAAUAGUGAUGGAGAAUGAUGUUGUAGUUGGAGUCAAAUCUGAAGGAGAAACUGCUCGUUGUAAGAUGGUGAUUGGUGACCCCAGCUAUUUCCCUAACAGGGUCCAGAAAGUCGCCCAAGUUGUGCGAGCUAUCUGUCUUCUCAACCAUACAAUCCCCAAAAUACCGGAGGCAACCUCGCUGCAAAUCAUCAUCCCACAAAACCAAGUUGGUCGAAAAUCAGACAUCUAUGUACUGAUGGUGUCAAAAACCCACAACGUUGCGGAAAAGGGUUGGUACAUCGCUCUUGUUGCUACCACGGUGGAGACUAAUAACCCAGAAGCAGAGCUGAAGCCAGGUCUGGAUCUUCUUGGGCCUAUCACAGAGAAGUUCAUUUCAAUAGAUGAUCAGGAGGCGCCAUUAGACAGUGGAGAAGACAACCAGAUCUUCAUUACUAAAUCCUUUGAUGCCACGACUCACUUUGAGACGACCUGUGAUGAUAUCCUGGACACAUACCGAAGGGCAACAGGUGAAGAAUUUGAUUUUUCCAAAGUACAAGAUGACUUGCAAGCUGCACAGGAGUAAUGAUGUUAUGAGAGGCAAUACUUUAUUAUAGCAACCCUGCCCUCCAAUAAUAUCACAUAGAAUCAUACCACUUCAUAUUCAGGUACCUGUAUUUAGCAUUGUAUAUAAUCUUUGUAAUGAAUGUAUUGUGUGGUCAUCAAUAUAGGGUGGGUUUUUUUUCUAGGCAUACAUUUAGGAUUAUAUGAAUAGUUGCGCAGCUCUACCAUUCAAAUGAAAAAAGACAAAGUAUUGUAUACAUACCACUAUUUUGACCGAUGUUGAGUGAUUUGUGUACCUGAUAUUGCAUUUCCAAACCCUUAAGCAAGUAUCAGUAAUUCUUGUUGAGUAUAUAUCAGACAAAUACAAUGUACAUUAAACCUCAUUUUGUAUGCUAGGUGAUUCCUAACCUUUCUUCCCUCGUUCAACAUUAUAUGGAACAUUAAAGAAGUAUUUUAAGACUUGCAACUUAGAAUCAUGCAUACAUUUGAAGUUAAUGCAUAUACUCAAUGGAAGUGCUAGAAAAACCAGUAGUUGUAGAAUAUGGAUGAAUGAAGAAUGAUUUGUUCGGGCUGUUGUAUGGCAUGAUUUGUUUUGGUAUUACAUGAAUGUUAAGUUUCAGAUAUGUUUUGACAGUUGCAAUAUGGUUAGAAAUAGGUAUAUUUAUAGAUGAUACAUGUUUCUUUAAACCCGAUAUGGAAAAUAUGUUUGUGUGUUUAAAUAUCAAAGCAAAUACUUCGUCCAGACUUUUUCCUGAAAAUAAUUAUUUUUUCAUCUUAUUUCGUAUAGCCCUAUCAUGUACUUGAUUACCUUGUUUUUCAAUCUCCAAUAAAAGUAAGAGUAGAAACCUUGCUAGAGUAUAGAAGAGUACAAUACACACAAGUAGAUUGAAAUUGCACUAGGUAAGGAUGCAGUUAGCUAGAAUAGCUCUGCUUAUAAUGUGAGUUUGCAGUGACUGAUGUUCAUGUCUAGAACUGAAGACUGUCUUUAAAUUUUGGGGAUUCAUUUACUCUAAAUCACAGAUUUCAGCAAUAAGAUGAUCUAGAAUUAUUUAUUUACAGUAUUUUCCUUAUGGUAUUUUUGAAAAGCAAAUGAAAGCACUGGCUAUUUCUGUCAAUUUCACAAUUUUGUCAAAGUUGUUAAGAAUUUGUGAAGACUUAGUAUAUAAUAUUCAUGUAUAUUGCACUGUAAUUCAAACUUGCUUGAUAUCGAUAUAUAGUUUCCUGGUUUUAAUUCAUUUCCAAUGGAUUCCCCCUUUUUAUUUUGCGACUUGUUAAAUAUAUGUUAUAGUGGUUGGUAGUUCUGUAGACAAAAAUAUUUCUUGGAUUAAGCAGUUUAGUAAAAUCUAGUGGAUUGCAUGAGGCCUAAUUGCUGAAAAAGCAACAUUUAUUUUGUAUGUGUUGUUGGGAUCAAGAGGUACCGUAUUUAUCCUGAAUAGGUGUAAUAUACUAAUACAUGUAUUAUGAAACGGUCACAUUGUAAAUCUAGGUGAACUGGCAUCAUGCAUGCAGCAUUUGAUGCCUCUAGAUGUUUCGAAGCGACCCUAACAAAGAGUUAUUGCAACAUGGGACUGGUAAAGAGAAGAAAAUCAAAGUACUGAUCGCUGGUUUCCAUUGAUUGUAAUCACUGAAGGAUAUAUUGAAGACAAUCAUAAUGCUUGAUACAAUAAUUAUGUAUGGUAAGCACAGUUGUUAUAAGCAGGAGAAAAAUGUCACCCAUAUGGAUGUAUGUCCACUAUGAUGUGUAUUGUAUGUCUAUUAUGUGUAUUGUAUGUAUGUAGAAUUUUAUACUAAUUAUAAUACUAAUUACUUAAAAUAUUUUGUUUGGUAAAAGAAGAAAAGAAAACAGACAUAUAAACAAAUAACUUUCAAAAUGAAGGGAAAAGAAGAAAAGGAAGCAAUUUCUGUUAAUAGUCUUUUGAAUUGUAACCCUGUACAGUGUACUUUCAGGAUUCAUCAGAUAGUUGUGGUAGGUGUAAUUAGGCAAGCGAUAUAAAGAUGUUGUAAAGCAUGUUGACAAAUAAGUGCAACCAGAUUGACAAGUAAAAUAAUCCAUAAUUACAUGAUUCUGAUCAAAAGUAUUUGUCAGAAGUUUUCUUUUUUUAAUCUGUGUCUUGUUUUGAAUUUUGUUUGCCCCAGCAUCACAUUUUGUGAAAUGUAAAAGAAUUUUCUGUCUCUCAAGUAAUUUCUUUUUCAUUUCAAAGUAACAUUUAUUUUCUUCCAUUUCUCUUUUCCAUGUUCUUUUAAAUACUCAAGUUAUAUGACCUAAUGAAUAGUCAGAAAAUGUUUAUUUAGAUUGUUUAAGAUAAUCAGGAAGAUUUUAUUUAGCAAAAAUGGUGUGCACCUUGCCUAGCAUGAAUUACGCCGUAUAUACCAAUAUCAUGUUCUAUGGAAAUGCAUUUGAUCAGAUAGAUCAAAUUAUUUGUGUUCCUCCCCCCCACCCCCUUGUUUUGUUUUUGUUUUUGUUUUGUUAUGGGGAAGGGGUCUAGAAAUAUUGUGUAUCUUUGUGUACAAAAUGGAGAAAAGUAGUGUUAUUGCAGGAUUUUGUCAUGAAGGAGAUUGUAAAUCAAGUCAACAUAUUGCCUUUCAUAAAGAAUAUGAGAAAAAUAUGAGAAAAGUAGCUAAAUUAGUACAUAGAAAUAGAUUAGAUGCUCAUGGAGUGCUGCUGCUGUACUUUCAAUGAUGCAUUCUGAUAAAUGAUGAUGUGCGUUAAACUGUUAGUCUUUGUUCGCAUCCCUGCGAUGUGCAUGAAAUUGUGGUGUCUUUGAAUGUGAUAUAAUAUAUAUGGCAGAUAGAUGUUGACUUCAUUUCUGUUAUGUUUACAUAAUUGAUUUGAAAAUAUGAUUCUCUACCUGAAAAGGAGGUGUAAAAUUAAUUAUCUUCCCCAUUUGUAAUAUAUGGAUGGAAAUGUUUGGAUUUCACCCCUGCAUCCACGUGGGCAUAUAUUAUUACAUCAUGUUUUUUGUAUUCCCAAUCAAAUCACAUUUCAUUUUCAUUUUAUUCUUGACACAUAAACACAUUCCAUUUUGUAGGGCAAAUGACUUAAAUUUAAUCAUUAAGUCUCAUAGAAAAUGUUUUAUAUUGCUCUUUUCUUUUUUAUUUCCUGUCUAAAGAAAUAGGAUUUUGUUUUGCUUAAUAAAUAUACAGGUAAUCAAUUACGUAUGAUUAUAUAUUUGUGGCUUUGCAUAUUACUUAAUGAACCUAUAUUGGAUUUUCCAUAAGGAUGCACAAGUAUACAUAAGUACGCAUAUCAGCAUUUGUUCUCAUUCAAUUUCACUACAUAUAAGCAAUUUAUUUGUGUCCCGAAUGGAUAUUAUUGGCACUAAUGAAACAAAAUGUUAUCAAUUUAUCAGUUUAAUAUUCAUUAACUGUAAGGGGAAUAUUAAAAUAAUACUAAUGCAACAUCUCUC